CUGAAAUGUUUAGGCGGACUUUGGAUCUUUCCCCAAUUCGCUUCUUCUCUUGGCUCCCCAGUGCAUCAGUCUUCCUAAUCCAGCUAGCAGAACCACCGUGACCAUCUUAACUACUGUUCGUUUCCCUUCGCGGGAGCAUAACGCCAUGCCUAGUAGAAUAAAAUCUUGCGUUCGUUGUCGACAGCAGAAGCUGCGAUGCGACGCUUACCAACGUAGUGGCCGACCAUGUUCCCGUUGUAAGCGCAUGCGCAUGGAUUGUGUGAUCGUCGGUGCAUACGAUACAGGUCCAACACAGACGAGAGCUGAACUGACCCAGGAAAUCCACCGACUGAAUAAGCAACUCAGUCUCGCAAACCGGGCCACGGAGGGAGAUGGUGUAUCAGGGUCCCCCUCCAUGCCACAUCACUCAUUGCCUUCAUUAGGUCAAACCACCAAUGGAUCACUACAUAUUCCACGACACCAUGUGCUGGAAGAUAUCCCACUAUCGGCUCCGGCCCCAGCAACAAAUGAUGCUGCCCCGUUGCUACGGAGUCGAGAGCAAUUUGAAUUUACCCACCAUGACAUAGCACGAUGUUUCUCCCGAUUCUCCGCUCAUUACAGUGGGUUCUUGCCCGGCAUUUUUGAUCAGAACUUAAACCAAGAAGCGUAUAUCAACCAAUCGCCAUUCCUGUUCUGGUCUAUUGUGGCUACGGGAGCACGUAACCUGCGAAAUGAGUCACAUACAUUUCGCCAUGCGGCUAAGGAGAUCAGGAAUUUGGAAUUUUCUACCUUGUUCAACAUCACAAAUCCAAUCCCCGCAAUACAAGCGGCCUUGAUUUUGUGUCUCUGGCCUAUCCCUAUGGAGACGAUGUGGAAAGACCCCUCCCAUGCAUUUGCAGGCGCUGCAUACUCCCUCGCUGUCCAACAUGGCUUAUAUGCUGCUGGACACGAGCAAGACUUUCGGAGAACGCAGAUACAGAGUAACGAGAAAGAACGAAAGUUCUGGGCCCACUUGUGGCUACAUUGCUGUUUGAACUUUCAAAGUACGAGUUUGUGCGAUGGACUACCAUUCUUCUCGAUUCCCCAACCCAGGCUUUCUCAACGGGAUAGGUUUCUCAAUUUGAUAGACGAUCCGGCACUUCUCUAUCGAUAUCGAUGCCACAAGAUGCUUUGUAAUGCGAUUGUGGCAAUAUCAGAAAGCAUUGAUAUGGAAAACCAGGAUGAUAAUGGGCUUUCGUCACUUGUUAAGGUGUUUAAUCAGGAAAUCGAAAGCGUACCGCUCCCUGAGAAUGAUGAGCUUUGUUUUCUCACACAAUGCUGUGCACGGCUGGCAAUAAUGAGCCAUUUCUUUUUCAUUCAAAUAAAAGAACUCAAAUCGCCUGGGAUCAUUACAGUUUUCUCAAUUGCCACCGAAACGCUUGACAUAGUUUCUAGACUAGACAUUACCCGGGACUUCGCCUACUAUGCAACGCACUUCUACUUACGCAUGACGCUUCUAGCGGCCUUUUGCAUUAUUCGAGUUAUUCGCAGUGGUCUAAGAGAACAUAUCAAUUUGCGUGAUGCGGAACAGUCAUUAUUCAAAGCAAUAGCCUUUGUCAAGAAGCGAUCGAUCCAACCGGGAGAUUUGGACGAGCGGUAUGCGAUAAUCCUAACCCAACUGUGGACAAAUAGUGGCGCUGUAAAUCGAAAGGCAGACUUCGUCGAUGGUCUCAAUCUUCGAAUUCGCAGUCGUUCGUUCAUGAGUAUUGUCUUUGAUUCUUUGUGGUGGUGGCGGAUGGAGAGUAAUGGUCAAAGCAAUCCCUACGAGUCCGGGGGAACUGCACAGAAUCAGAAUUCCCUCCUAGAAAUACCUGCUUCAGAUGGCCCGUGGUGCGAUCCCAGCCUGCCUCUGUCCGAGAACCUAGAAUACCUAGGGGUGCCGUCCGACGGCCUGAUUGAUUGGAAUUGGCCAUCCAACUUGCCGUUUCCCUUCGUCAACGUUAAUUCAUGAUUUACUUGUUCAUUGUAAGAAUUGAAAGGGUGAAAGAAAUUUUGCAUCAUAGAAAGAAAUAGGUAUAUCAAUUAAUAUAUACAUACAGAUGUGCC